GAAGCACUGCCGAUGAGCUUGUCUUCUGAACUGAUCCCCAUGUCUCAGGGCCCACAUGUUUGCACCUGGCGGGGUCGUCGCAGUUUCUCGGGUUUGUUGACAUUUCCCAGAUACUUAGAUGUAGGUCCCCCUUGAUUUCGGUGUCAAUUUUGUCCCUCUCUCCGUCUCCUUACUCCACUGUGACUGCACCAAAUCUCGAAAAUGGCGCUUUCUACUCACGUUUCGGGCACCGAACAAGUCCAGCGCGCUUGGUGGAAGGAAGCCAGUGUCUACCAGAUCUACCCUUCAUCAUUCAAAGACUCAAACGGAGAUGGUUUCGGCGACCUCGGUGGCAUAAUUGAGAAGCUGGACUACAUCAAAGCCCUUGGAGUGGAUAUUGUCUGGUGUUGUCCAAUCUACAAAAGCCCUCAAGUUGACAUGGGCUAUGACAUUGCUGACUACAAAGACAUCGACGCAAGAUAUGGAACUCUCGAGGAUGUUGAUCGGCUGAUUGCCGGACUACAUAAGAGGGGUCUCAAGUUCUUGAUGGAUCUGGUUGUCAAUCACACUUCCGACCAACACGAAUGGUUCCAGCAAUCUCGGCCAUCCAAGGACAACACAUAUCGCGACUGGUACAUCUGGCGUGACGCCAAGUACGACGGUCAAGGCAACCGUCAACCACCUAACAAUUGGAGCUCCUACUUCGGCGGUAGUGCUUGGGAGUUUGACAACGCUACGAGUCAAUACUACUUGCACCUUUUCGACAAGACUCAGCCAGAUCUCAACUGGGAGUGCGACGCAAUGCGAUCUGCCGUCUACGAGACAGUCCGAUGGUGGCUCGACAAAGGCGUUGACGGCUUCCGUCUUGAUGUAAUCAAUCUCAUCAGCAAGGACCAAUCGUUCCCAGAUGCCAAGAUCACGGAUCCCAGUCUACCAUACCACCACGGAUGCGAGCACUACGCCAAUGGACCUCGAAUCCAUGAGUAUCUGCAAGAGCUGGGUGGUAUACUCGACGAAUACAAUGCUUUCUCCGUCGGCGAGAUGCCAUGGGUGAGCGACCCAGAAGAGAUCCUCAAAUGCGUAGGCUAUGACAGGAAGGAGUUGAACAUGAUCUUCAACUUUGACAUGGUCGACAUGGACCACGGACCUGGCGGUAAAUUCAGCCCAAAGGAGUGGCAGAUGACCGACCUCAAGGGCAUCGUCGCCAAAUGGCAAAGCUUUAUGCUUGGAAACGGCGGCUGGAACGCCCUCUACCUUGAGAAUCACGAUCAACCCAGGACGGUAUCCCGAUGGGCAUCAGACAGUCCCGAAUACAGGACACUGGCGGCCAAGAUGUUCGCUACAUUCCUCGGACUACAGAGUGGUACCGUCUUUCUCUACCAAGGACAGGAGCUCGGCAUGUCCAACAUCCCUGAGCACUGGGAGAUGAAUGAAUUCAGAGAUCUGGAAACACUAAACCAUUGGGAUGAGCUUUGUGAGACUCGUCCUUCCGAUAAGAGCCUGCAGUCAGUCACAAAGGGCCAAUACCACAUCAAGUCACGAGACAAUGCGCGUACGCCUAUGCAGUGGACAGCGGAGAAACAUGCAGGGUUCACAACAGGCGAGCCUUGGUUCCGUGUCAAUGAUACCUACAAUGUCUGCAAUGCUGCUUCACAAGUUGGCGUGCAGGGUAGCUCCUUCGAAUAUUGGAGAAGCAUCUUUGCGCUUAGAAAGCAAAUGGUAGAUGUCUUUGUGUACGGCGACUUCCAAAUGGUCGACACCGAGCACGAUGAUGUUUUUGCAUACCAACGUACAUUCAAAGGACAGAGUGUAUUGGUGGUAUGUAAUUUCCGACAGCAUGAGGUCAAGUGGACUUUGCCGGCAGGAUUUGUUCUGAAGGAGUUGUUGAUUUCGAAUUACGAUAACGCAGAAGCGUAUGAGGGAUCAGUCAGAUUGAGACCGUUCGAAGCAUUUGCAUAUGCUCAAGGAAAGCUCACUUCCGCACCUCGUCUAUAGUAUGCAGCACAU